AAAGGAACACAAGCAAAGUAUGGCAAUUCAAAAUGAUAGUGAUUUGGAUUUUGAUGAUACCGAUGAGCACGAUGAGCUCUUUACAUUAGCAGCCAAGCACGUGGAGCAAACGCAUGAUACUUUAAUGCCAAAUGAUUUAUUAGAACUCUAUGGCCUGUAUAAACAAGCAACUACCGGUCAAUGUAAUAUUCCAAAGCCCGGCUUAUUUAAUAUUCAAGGACGUGCCAAAUGGUCGGCCUGGAAUGAUUUGGGGCAGAUGUCAAGUACGAUAGCUAAACGAUUGUAUGUGGAAAAAGUGCAAAAACUUCAACCUGCAUGGUGGGAAUUGGUAAAACGUGAUGAUAAAAAAUCGAACACAGGAUGGGUUGUACAUUCAAUAGAGAUGCCUCCGGAUAAUGAGUAUCAAAAACAUGAAAAUGAGAAGACUGUGUUUGACUAUGUUCGGGAGCAUAAUUUAAAACAAGUAGAACAUAUAUUGAAGCCUUCCGAUUUAGAAGUAAUCGAUGAAAAUGGCCUAGCUCUUAUACAUUGGGCAACCGACAGCAAUGACGUACAAAUGUUAGAAUACCUUUUGAAGGCGGGCUGCCAAGUCGAAUUGCGAGAUGCUGAGCAACAAACAGCUUUACAUUAUGCCGUUUCUUGUGGUCAUUUGGAAUGCGUAAACUUGCUAUUAAAAUAUGGGGCAAAUAUAAUGGCUCAAGACUCAGCUGGUCAGACGUGUCUUGACGUGGCUGACGAUCCCUGCAUUCAUGCUUUAUUGAAGGCUAAAUAAUGUUCAAUUAAUGCAUUUCGCCGGGGAAAACUCUUCUCACGAAUUUCGUAACCAUAACGACGAAGAAAUCUGUAUUCAAAUAAGUUCAAAGCCACCUUCAUAGACGUUCUUUCAAACUUAUUCUGUAAGAAACUUUUGCUUGUCAUUCUUUUAAAUAAAAUAUUAUUUAUA